AUGGCAUAUGUCACUGACGGAGGAACCAAUAUCAAAGACGCAGUGAAACAAGAAUUUGGGGAGUCGAAACAACCUGUAACCUGUUUUGGUCAUACUAUCAAUAAUAAUGGUCAAGCGAUCAUUCAAAAUAACAAUGACGAUGUUAUCGACGAUGAUGAAAACGAAACGGAAGGAGGCACGCUAAAGGAUCUUUCAAAAAAGCUACAAAUGGAUAAGAACACGAGGGCCCUCACGCCUAAUAUGGUCACUGCUGAAGAAGUGGACACUCUUAAAGAAGUAACGGAUAUUCCUAAACCUUUGCAUGAAAUUAGUAGUGAACUCCGCGGUGAAAAAAUCUAUGUCACUAGGGUGGAUGAAAAUGCUCCACAAGGAACUGCUUUGACAUUUGCGGAUCCAUAUUUGCCUCGUGUGUACGAUGAUGAUACCGGAAAAAAUGGAGUCUUCUCUUUAACCUUGCUAAACAAUAACGGGACAUUCGAGAUUACACCCAAUGUUGCUGAACGCAGUACUUCAUUUCUAAUACGUGUACGUGAUAAUGUGUUAUUAGAUUACGAAGAACGCUAUUCGGUGCAAUUCCAAAUUUUAGCACAAGAAUUAGGACCAGCAACAAAUCUUUCAGUAGCUGCGAAUGUCACGGUGUACAUUAACGACGUUAAUGAUAACCCACCGAUAUUUGAACACCCUGUGUAUACUGUAGAACUUCCAGAAAAUAUGACUGUCGGGACCAAAGUUGUCCAAGUUAAAGCCAGCGACGUAGACAAGGCAGGUCUAGGCGGACGUGUUCGAUAUACAGCAAUUUUGGGCUAUUUAAAUACCUCAUUAAAUCUAGAUGCAGAGUCAGGGCUCAUCACAGUAUCGACCAAUAAUCACGGUUUUGAUCGUGAAAUAAUGCCGGAAUACCAUCUAUAUGUAGAGGCCCGCGACAAUGAUGGCACUGGUAAUCGCGCUCAAGUUCCUCUGGUUAUAAAAUUAAUUGACGUCAAUGAUGAAACUCCAAUCUUUGAGAAAGAUCUUUAUGAAUUCAUAUUAUCGGCAGGCUUGAAAAGCUUUACAUCCAUUGCUGUUAUACACGCCAUUGACAAUGAUGCCACAGCGCCCAACAAUGAAGUUCGAUAUGAAAUAAUCAAUGGUAAUUACGAAAAUAAAUUUUAUUUGGAUAAAAUAACUGGCGAAUUGAUAGUUCGAGAGAAAAUAACGUUGCGAUCCAAAACGAGAUUACGACGCCAAACCUUAUCUAACAAUGAUGGCGACAUAUUCCUGCUAACUGCGCGUGCUUAUGAUUUAGGAGUACCAGUGCGGUUCAGCACGACUACUAUCCGUAUAUAUCCACCGGAGAGUCGAAGCCGUACUCUGACUUUUGUAGUGCCAGGCGGAAAUCCUGACAAAGCGAAAACUGAAGAAACACUUUCCACAAUAACGGGAGGAAAAGUAAUUAUACACGAUAUUAGACCGCUGCAAGCUGAUGAGCUAGUCGCCAAAACAAUUAUGGGAGCAAGUGUAGAUGCAAUGAAAAGAAGUAUUGUAACCGCCGCUGUCCUGUAUGAUAGCUCCUCUGUUGUAGACAUAUCUCAGAUUCAGCAACGUUUAUCGCAGCACAAUAGCUCGUUUGCGAUAAUGAAUGGUAGCGAUACAGUGGAAACAGACACUCUCUACAAAGCUGAAAACAAGUUGCUUUUUUGGCUUCUUAUCCUACUUGCUGCGUUGGUUGCCUUAACGAUUCUAAUAUUAUUGUUAUGCUGCAUAUGUCCAUGGUGUCCUCUAUACGGAGGUGCAAGCAAAAGAAUAGUUAAUAUCAGUAGUACUGAAGACGAUGUUCACCUAGUGCAUAGGGAAAUGGCAAAUGGAAAACAAGCAAAAUCUGUUCAGGUCGCCGAAUGGAUGGGACGACGUGAGGCCUGGUCCGCUGAGAGGCCCACAGAUUCGCGAACGAAGCCAACCCGCUGGGAGUUCUAUAAUGGACGUAAGCAGUUUAACGAAAACGUAGGAGUUCAUGCAGCAAUCAAAAACGACGAAGAUAGGAGGCGCAUUCGUUCUGCGGACGAACAACAGAAGCGCGUGAAAAUAGGGUAAGCAUGAAAAUAGGGGC